AUGAAUGCCGAUGUGAUUGGUGAUGAGGAUGGAUUCUACUCCAGAGCUGAGAAAUACUGGAAGAACAUCCCCCCAACAGUGGAUGGCAUGUUGGGAGGAUAUGGGCAUAUCUCCAACAUUGACAUCAAUUCUUCCAAGAGGUUUCUGCAGCGGUUUAUUGGGGAAGGAUCAGGGAAAGCAGGGGCUAGCUGUGCACUGGAUUGUGGUGCUGGGAUCGGCAGAAUCACGAAACGAUUGCUUCUGCCCUUGUUUAAAGUCGUUGACAUGGUGGAUGUGACAGAAGACUUCCUGGCCAAGGCCAAGACCCACCUGGGGGAGGAGGGCAAACGCGUAGGCAACUAUUUCUGCUGUGGUUUGCAAGACUUCAUCCCCCAACCCCAGCGAUAUGAUGUCAUCUGGAUCCAAUGGGUGAUUGGACACCUGACUGACGAUCAUCUUGCCCAGUUCCUCAAGAGGUGUCAGAAAGGACUUCGGCCAAAUGGAAUAAUCUGCGUGAAGGACAACGUGAGCCAGGAGGGGGUGAUUGAGGACGAGGUGGACAGUAGCGUCUGCCGGGAGUUGAGCACCCUGCACACCAUUGUGCAGCUGGCAGGACUCAAUGUGUUGGCAGAGGAAAAGCAGGAAGACUUCCCCGAUGAAAUUUAUCAGGUGUACAGUCUGGCUCUGAGAUGAAGCAAGCCUUAUCUAUCCACGGGUAGGGGGAUGGGUGGUGAAUGGGUAUAGAGUCUAAGGGGAGGGGAAAAUAACAAGAGUGGCACACAGCUCUAAGGCUUUGCAUUUAAUUGAAAUAAAACACAGCGAGGAGACUGCAAACUGAAUUUGACUUUAUUCCUGAAAGGCAGCUCCCACCAUCGACCAAGUGAAUAAAUCUGAUGAUCAAUAAACUCAGAACAAGCACUUACCUGCAGGAUGCUGAGUCAUGGCUUCAGGAUUAAUGGCCAUGGCUGGAAUGUAGUUAGCUGCAACUAAUGACAUAAUGUUUCUUCAGAUAUUCCAACGAAGAGGAGGAAGAAUGAAAAUGUUUUACAUUUCUGAAUUCAGUUUGGCACCUAGAAUGAACGGGAAAUCUUGACUGCUUUUUUUUUUUUUAAGAGUAAAACAAUCUAUUCUAUACGGGCUUCUGCAUUUGCCUGUAAAACAGCUGCUGAACUUAAAGUUUAAUUAUUCCUCUCUCACUCUUGCUUCCUCUCUCCCUUGCCCUCUAAACAACACUCGUUUACACCCACCCACCCUCUGCAUUUGACCAUGCUGUGUUUCAUGUCCAGAAAGGCAUACAAACCUCAUUCUAAGCUGCAAGAGAUUUCUUUCCAUUUUCAAACAAUGCAAUUCAUCAGAAACCAUAAUUUAUUAAAUAAAUUAUUUUUGUGUGAA